UACCAAGAUGGGAAUGGAGCUCAGUAGAUCUGAAUUUGUAUAACUGGAAUAAGCAUAAGGAGACGCCCAUCCACCACACCAUAGAAAAUUAUCCCAAGGGUUGGAAUUCGAGGAGAUCUUGCAAUCGUAAAUCCCCAAAGCAUGGAUCUUAAUCCACCUCAAGGGGAGAAUUAUGCUCAUCCACAAAUAUGCUUCUUCCAUGUGCUUUUCAAGGGGGCUGCCUUGGCUUUUUAUAUUCUUUCAGCACUAUUUGUGAAUAAUUUUGUCAUCAUAUUCGUGAUCACCGUACUUCUAGCUGCACUUGAUUUUUGGGUUGUCAAGAAUGUAAGUGGGCGCAUCUUAGUGGGCCUCAGGUGGUGGAAUGAAAUCAAUGAUGAUGGUGAGAGUGUGUGGAAAUUUGAAUGCCUUGACCAAGAGUCAAUGGCUCGAAUGAACAAGAAGGAUUCAUGGCUGUUCUGGUGGACCAUAUACCUUACGGCGGUUGUAUGGAUCUUUUUUGCCAUAUUCUCUCUGAUUAGGUUCCAAGCUGAUUACCUUCUUGUUGUUGGCGUGUGCUUGACACUUAGCAUUGCUAAUAUCAUCGGCUUCACAAAAUGUCGGAAAGAUGCUAAGAAGCAGCUUCAGGCAUUUGCUUCCCAGACCAUUGCUUCUCGUUUCCAAUCCACCAUUCAGUCAGCAUUUAGUGUUGUUUGAGUUGCUUAACUCAUUGAGAGGAACGCACCGCAAGCUGCUGUCAAGCAGAUUUUAUUUUCCUAGUGUAAAUGAACAUUUAGAAGAGUUGCUCAUAUACAUUCAUGUAGACAGAAGAAGGUGCAUGUCUAUGUACCAUUUUUUGAUAUCUAAAGGUGUUGUAAUACGUAAAAAAAUCCUGGUUUGUUAGGUUCUAUUUAUUUUAUUUUA